AGACAGGAAGAGAGGCAGAGAGGGAGGAGGCCACAGGCUGCCCCGCUCACCACUUGGAGGAAACAGUGAGAGAGGAGGGGUGAGAGAAGAAAAAGGGGAGUAUCCCGUCUUCUCUGCCCUUCUGUGCUACUGCAGCCCCCCUCCCUCCCUCUCUCUAUCAUUCUCUUUCUCUCUCUUUCCCCUUACUCAUCUGUUUCUGUGGCUGCGCUGAGAGGAAGGGCACCUGCCGCUCCCUGAUGAUUCAGCCUUUCAGCUACUUGGAGCUCCACAGACAAGACAGCAUGUCCCUCCUGCCACUGCAGUGCCUGGCCGUCCUGUCCUCUGCAUCACAGCUGCUGCAGCCGGCCCAUCACUUCUAUUCUGCCUCCUCUGCCUCAGUGCUCAGGUGAGUGAGCGCUACUGUUCCACCGCUGGUCUCUAACAGAACAUGCAGAACAUUUAAGGAAUCUCUGGCAAUCUUUUUUUGUUUUUGCCUGCAGCAAAUUUGAUGACUCUAUUUAUAGACUGAUGCGUUUCCAGUGAGAAAGCAUGAAUAAGGAACUCCUUUGCUUCCUGCGCACAAGGCUGUCCCUCCCAGACUGUUAAGGUUUGAGCAUUUCCACAGAAAUCCCCGCUCUGACUGCAGCCUCAUGAUGGAAAAGGAGACUGGUGGCAGACAGCCACAGUAUGAUGCUCUGAGUUAAUAGUUGAGGUGUUUACAGACCCCUCAUCCAGCAGCUGAAUAGGAUGACUGAGGGAAUGGAGGAGCUCUCUGCAGGGCCGGCUCCCCCUCCCGGAUCGGCCUCCCCCACCAGCUCUACUGUUGAUACUGGACAAGUCCCCGAGGAGAAACCAGAGGAGACGGAGGCAGCUGCUGAGAGCGGGGAGGAUGGCGCAGAGGAAGCUGGUGAUGGGGAGCAUUUGGGGGCUUUGGGAAUUGUGGCCUUGCCAGGGACCUGCUGUGUAUGCAUAGAGAUGGAACGGAUUAACAAUUGCCUGCACUCUGAGAAAAUCUGCAUUCUUCCCAUCCUGGCCUGUCUGCUGAGCCUAGCCCUGUGCACAGCCGGCCUCAAAUGGGUUUUUGUGGAUAAAAUCUUUGAGUAUGAACCACCCACACACUUAGAUCCUAAACGCAUUGGACAGGACCCUAUUAUCAUAUCAGUUACCCCCACGCUGGGACUCACUGUGUCCAUUCCUCAUUCAUCUACGUCUUUUGUCUCCUUGACCACCGCCAUAACCCCAGGACGACCUGAGGUUUUAAUGGAAGAUCAGUCGACACGAGGGCCGUACGUGCCGCAGACUCCACCAGUGACUCUGUCUGAUCCCUCUGUUACACUGAGAUACAAUGCUGAACGGCCCACCGUCCCAAAGCAGACCCCCCGGCCUCAGACAACACAAGAAUCAAACGACAUCAUCGUCCCAACCAAAUCUGCCACCAGCACCACCACUACAGCCAAGACCUCUAGUCAUGUGACACGCUGCAGUGACAGCCAGAGGAACUACUGUGUUAAUGGAGGAGAGUGCUUCACCCUUGAAAUCAUGCCAGGGAGCACAAAGUUUCUUUGCAGGUGCUUGGCGGGAUUCACUGGGCACCGAUGUGAACAAGCUGUGCUUAAGAAAGUCUCAGACCCAAAACAAGCUGAGGAGCUGUAUCAGAAACGUAUUUUAACAAUAUCAGGAAUCUGCAUUGCACUCCUAGUCGUUGGAAUCAUGUGUGUGGUUGCCUACUGCAAAACAAAGAAGCAGAGGAAGAAGCUUCAUGACCGUCUGAGGCAGAGCCUGAGGAAUAAGAGGAAAAACAAUACCAAUACUGGUAAUGGCCCCAACCUGGCGAGCUCAGCCAGAGGACGUCAGAUUUCCAACCUGCCUCUGCAAGAUUUGCAGCUCUUCAAUCAAUGUAAUGGGUCAACUAUGCAGCAUGCAUCUGAGAGGGAGACAGAAACAACUUUCUCCACUUGCAAAAAUGUGACAUCUGCGUGUGAACCCACCACAUUCACAAACAUCUCCAGCCAAAGGUGUGCAACCGACAUGACGACCCCGCCUCGGCUGUCUCCGGUGUCCCGGACCUCUCCUGCAACUCCAGGGUCUCCCCCUUCAGAGAAGUCAGCCCCACUGUCCAGCCUGGCCAUCUCGGUCCCCUCUGUGGCUUUAAGCCCUUCUGGUGAGGAGGAGCGCCCCCUGCUGUUGUCAAACACAUGUCAGCCACGCAAGUUGAGCCGAGACGAACAGAAGAGGACCUCUGCUCACUACAACCAUGGCCAUGUGGCAGAUAGUUUACCGCCAAGCCCACUGUUUACUAUGGAGAAUGGUAACUACCAAAUGAUAGAUGACCAUGACAACACAGCUGUUAGUCAUAUGUUCUCAGCAUCACCUGAAAAGCUACUAAAUACGAAUAACAACAUCAAUGACUACAGCACCAUAAAAGUCACCAGUGGCCAUGUGCUGCAUAAUGUGGAGUCCAAUAGUGACAACAUGCUACUAAGAGAAACAGAGGAGCCUCAGGGGGAACACACACCCUUCCUUACUACAGAUAGCACUGCAGCCCUGUUGCUCAGGGCCAUGGACAUGAGCAGGACUAACCCAGCAUCACCAAAUUAUGAUUUGCAACUGGAUGACCAAAUGAUGACUUCAUCCAAUUUCACAACUAAACAAGAUCCAAUCGCUGUGUAAAAUUAAACUGCUGCAAAUCCUUUAUGUUGAGGGGGAAAAAAAGAAUAGUCACUAUUAAACCUUUAUUUUCUAUAAAUUAUUUGCUGUGUAAAGACUUUAA